UAUUUGCAGAAUAUAAAGCACUUUCAAGGCUCUGCUGAUCUCCUCCUGCACUGCCUGAUCUGUUUGGGACAGCUACAUCUCUAUACCUUUACAAUGUCUGCCGGAAACGCAAAAAUUGGACAGCCUGCACCAGACUUCACAGCAAAGGCUGUGAUGCCAGAUGGACAAUUCAAAGACCUUAAAAUUUCAAGCUACAAAGGGAAGUAUGUUGUUUUCUUCUUUUAUCCUCUGGAUUUCACAUUUGUGUGCCCCACUGAGAUCAUAGCUUUUAGUGAUCGGGCGGAAGAAUUCAAGAAGCUUAACUGUGAAGUGAUUGGUGCAUCAGGGGACUCUCAUUUCUGUCACUUAGCCUGGAUUAACCAACCCCGCAAGGAAGGAGGUUUGGGCCAAAUGAAAAUACCCCUUGUGGCAGAUGUUCAGCACACUAUCGCUAAGGACUAUGGUGUUUUCAAAGAGGAUGAAGGAGUUUCAUUUAGAGGUCUCUUUAUUAUCGAUGAGAAAGGCAUACUGCGACAGAUAACAAUUAAUGACUUACCCGUUGGGCGCUCUGUGGAUGAGACUCUGAGACUCGUACAGGCUUUCCAGUUUACAGACAAAUAUGGAGAAGUCUGCCCAGCAGGAUGGCAGCCAGGAAGUGACACCAUCAAGCCAGAUGUCCAGAAGAGUAAAGAGUACUUCAACAAGCAGAAAUAAAAAGAGGACUGUAACUGUUAUUUUGUCUUUCAUGUUGUACAAGUUAACCAAUUUAAGUAAACUAUUUCUACCUAAUGUUAAUAUUCACUGGACAUACAUAUGGUGAGUGGUGAAUGGGCAUUUACUUUAAAAUAGCAGGUUUCAAAGCAGCUGUGGUUAUUUACAUCUAAUGAUAGGAGAAGCAAACCAUUUCUGUGUAGAAAUAACCCUCACAACCUACAUACUUUUGAAAAACUAUUAAAGUUAUUGUUCCAUUAGAA